ACGGUGGUGGAGGCUCGUUUGGUGGUUGAUAUGGCGCAGGAGGUGCAUUCGGUGGUUGAUAAGGUGGAGGCUCGUUUGGUGGUUGAUAUGGCGCAGGAGGUGCAUUCGGUGGUUGAUAAGGUGGAGGCUCGUUUGGUGGUUGAUAUGGCGCAGGAGGUGCAUUCGGUGGUUGAUAAGGUGGAGGCUCGUUUGGUGGUUGAUAUGGCGCAGGAGGUGCAUUCGGUGGUUGAUACGGUGGAGGCUCAUUUGGUGGUUGAUAUGGCGCAGGAGGUGCAUUCGGUGGUUGAUAAGGUGGAGGCUCGUUUGGUGGUUGAUAUGGCGCAGGAGGUGCAUUCGGUGGUUGAUAAGGUGGAGGCUCGUUUGGUGGUUGAUAUGGCGCAGGAGGUGCAUUCGGUGGUUGAUAAGGUGGAGGCUCGUUUGGUGGUUGAUAUGGCGCAGGAGGUGCAUUCGGUGGUUGAUACGGUGGAGGCUCGUUUGGUGGUUGAUAUGGCGCAGGAGGUGCAUUCGGUGGUUGAUACGGUGGAGGGGUCUAAGUGA